GAGAUAAUGGCGUUUUCCAGCAAUGAUAUCAAGGUGGGCUCCAACAUUGAAGUGGACGGAGCUCCUUGGCGAGUUAUAGAGUUUCUUCAUGUGAAACCUGGGAAAGGGGCAGCAUUUGUGAGGACCAAAAUGCGCAAUUAUCUAACAGGAAACACUGUUGAGAAAACAUUUCGGGCAGGAAGUACGAUGAGUGAGGCAGCUAUCUACAAGGAAACCAAACAAUUCACAUAUAAAGAUGGUCCCCAAUUUGUCUUCAUGGACCUGACUACAUUCGAGGAAACUCGUGUGAAUGAAUCUCAAAUUGGAGCAGAAAAAACAAAAUGGCUGAAAGAGGGAAUGGACUGCAAUUUGCUUCUAUGGAAUGAUCGACUUUUUGAUGUUGAAAUCCCCAUCACAGUGAAGCUGACUGUGGUAGAUGUUGAUCCAGGACUGAAAGGUGACACUGCUCAAGGUGGUGGAACGAAGCCAGCUACCCUUGACACUGCUGGUGCUGUUGUCUUUGUCCCAUUGUUUGUAAAUAUAGGUGAUGAAAUACUGGUGGAUACCAGAACCGGGCAGUACAUGAAUCGUGCAGACAAAAGUGCAUAG